UAAUUAAAGAAAUGACUCCAUACAUCCGUGCGUUCGUUAGAAACUAUUUAAUCUUGGUUGCUCUGUUUAUCUCACCAUGUGUUUGUUUGUCUAAUAACUUUUGUAAGUUCAAUAUAAAAGUCAAGCAAACAUUAAAAAAUGAAGGAUUUCAUAGAAACAUUACAUAUGGUAUUAUAUUUGACAACGAGAACGAUGAGAGAUGGUUGUAUGAUGGUUGCCUAGUUGGUUUAACACAAAAACUACCAGCCGGCGUGUUCGCUAACCCUGAUGAAUUAAGUGAUUUAAGAAGAAAUAAAAAGUUGAAUGCUGUUCUAAAGAACCCUGUUAAUAUUGAAUUACCAACUGAACUGUCAACACCAAACAAUGUGUACAUAACUGGUAAGAUUGUUGAUGGACGAGUUAAUCUGUGGUUACCAGUACAUGCUAGAUACCAUCGAGCUGUUGCUGGCGGGGGAUCUGCAAGGAAUAAGAUUGGGCCACCGACACUCUUCCUAGCUUGUCCAGAUAAAAGACUGGAUGUAUGCAAUAUGCAUGAUAAUUCUAUAGUAUUUCUGUGUAACGGAAGUUCACAAGAGAAAUGCAAGUGGAAAGAAAUCAAAUAUACAAUGUUGACGGACACGCUAAUCUGGGACGUACCUGUUGGUAAUACGGAUCAUUAUUACGUGGUGGCUACCGGCACCACUAUCGUUAUUAUAGUUGGAUCUUUGUAUUUACUGAAAGCCAUUCACGAUUAUAAAGUGGGCAUAAAAAAGAAAAAUUCCUGAUAUGCAAUAUUUUAAAAUUUGAA